CCACACACAACACACUCUCUCUCUUCUCUUGCCGAGUAGUCCCCAGAAACAAAACUUUAAUAAUUCAACUUUAAUCUGGUUCAUCCAUUUUACUACUUGCAUCUUUGGAGAGAAAAGGCAAAUGCUUUUAUGAUCCUCUCUCCCUACACUUUUAAUUCUCCCCUAUCUCCGCCGAUUCCUUCUCCCAAUUUGUCUUUCCUCUUUCCCCUUUUCUUCUUCUUCAAUGACACCACCGUAAAACCCUAGAAUCAUAAAAAAAGUAUUCUCACUCGAAAAUGGCCAGAUCUCAUCUCCCCCUCCUCCUCUGUCUCCCCCUCCUCCUAACCUUCCUCAAUUCCGCCUCUUCCCAAGACGACGACGACGCCACCAUCAUGCAAUCCCUCAGAUCGAGCCUAAACCUCACAUCAGACGUCGACUGGUCAAACCCCAACCCUUGCAAAUGGGAAACCGUCCAGUGCGACGGGAGCAGCCGCGUGACUCGGAUCCAGCUCAAACAGAAAGGCGUCACCGGCACUCUCCCUCCCGAUCUCGGCAAACUCUCCGAACUCAUCGUCCUCGAGUUCUUCUCCAACAAAAUCUCCGGUCCGAUCCCCGAUCUCUUCGGCCUCAUGCAUCUACAGACGCUCAAUCUCCACGACAACCUCUUCGACUCCACCCCGAAGAAUCUCUUCUCGGGAAUGAACUCGUUGCAAGAAGUCUACCUCGAUAACAACCCUUUCCCUGCUUGGGAGAUUCCUGAAACCGUCAAAGAAGCCACGUCACUUAAAAACUUAUCUCUCAUCAACUGCAACGUCACGGGUUCGAUUCCCGAUUUCUUCGGAUCCGAGACGCUUCCGAGCCUCUCUUCAUUAAAGCUGUCUCGUAACAACUUACAAGGAGGUUUGCCUUUGAGUUUAGCCGGCUCGUCGUUGCAGCAGUUAUAUCUCAACGGUCAGAAGCUCAACGGAUCGAUCUCGGUGUUGAGGAACAUGACUUCUCUCGUGGAGAUUGAUCUGCAAGGUAACGCGUUUUCGGGACCGAUUCCCGAUCUCUCUGGUUUGCAGUCUCUGAGACUGUUUAAUGUGAGAGAGAAUCAGCUCACUGGCGUCGUCCCACCGUCGUUUACUGGUUUAAAGUCGCUUACGGUUGUGAACAUGACUAAUAACUUACUUCAAGGACCGACUCCGUUGUUCGCUAAGUCGGUUAGUGUCGAUGUGAUUGCCAACACGAAUAGCUUCUGUUUGGAUACGGCUGGUACUCCGUGUGAUCCUCGCGUUGAGAUAUUGCUUUCGAUAGCUGAGUCGUUUGGGUAUCCGGUGAAGCUAGCGGUGAGUUGGAAAGGGAAUGAUCCGUGUGGUGGUAGCUGGAUCGGGAUUACUUGUUCUGGAAGUAAUAUUACUGUGGUUAACCUAGGGAGGCACGAGCUCACGGGUACGAUAUCUCCGAGUUUUGCUAAGCUUACUUCGUUGGAGACUAUUAAUCUUUCUAAUAAUAGACUCACCGGGAGUAUACCAACGGAGCUUACUACUUUGCCUAAGCUUAGGACACUCGAUGUGUCUAACAACGAUAUCUACGGUGAUGUGCCGAAGUUCAGGGGAAGUGUGAAUUUGGUGACUACUGGUAACCUUAACAUCGGAAAGGACGGACCUGUCUCACCGAGUGGUGGAACUCCUGGAACUUCAGGGGGAUGGAAAGGGUCUGGUGGAGGAAGUGGCGGUGGUGACGGUGGAAACGGAAGCUCUAAGAAGUCAAGCAGUGUGAAGAUAAUUGUUCCUGUGGUUGGUGGUGUUGUUGGUGCAUUGUGUCUUGUGGGACUCGGUGUUUGCCUCUACGCCAAGAAAGGAAUGAGACCCGCUAAAGUGCAGAGCCCAAACACCAACAUGGUGAUUCAUCCGCAUCACUCUGGUGACAGCGAUGCGAUUAAACUCACUGUUGCAGCUUCUAGUCUCAACAAUGGGGGAGGAACCGAGAGCUCUUACAGUCACAGCGGAAGCGCCAACAGUGACAUACACGUCGUGGAGUCUGGUAACUUGGUGAUAUCCAUACAGGUUCUGAGGAGUGUGACUAACAACUUCAACGAAGAGAAUAUCCUCGGGAGAGGCGGUUUCGGUGUAGUUUACAAAGGUGAACUCCACGAUGGAACCAAGAUUGCUGUCAAGAGGAUGGAGUCUUCUUCGGUUGUGAGUGAUAAGGGACUCGCUGAGUUCAAAUCAGAGAUCACGGUUUUGACUAAAAUGCGUCAUCGUCAUCUUGUUGCGCUUCUAGGGUACUGCCUUGAUGGUAACGAGAGGCUUCUUGUCUAUGAGUACAUGCCGCAAGGAACACUGAGCCAGCAUCUGUUCCACUGGAAAGAAGAAGAGCGUAAACCUCUUGAUUGGACUAGGAGGUUGGCUAUCGCGUUGGAUGUAGCUAGGGGUGUGGAGUAUUUACACACGCUUGCUCAUCAGAGUUUCAUCCAUAGGGAUCUAAAACCAUCUAACAUCCUUCUUGGUGAUGAUAUGCGUGCUAAAGUCUCCGACUUUGGGUUAGUCCGCUUAGCCCCUGAAGGCAAAUACUCCAUCGAGACGAGAGUCGCUGGGACCUUCGGUUACCUUGCCCCUGAAUAUGCAGUGACGGGAAGAGUGACGACUAAGGUAGACAUAUUCAGCCUCGGGGUCAUAUUAAUGGAGCUAAUCACUGGUCGUAAAGCCUUGGAUGAGACGCAACCUGAAGACAGCGUCCAUCUAGUGACAUGGUUCCGUCGUGUGGCAGCAAGCAAAGACAAAGACGAGAACGCCUUCAAGAACGCAAUAGACCCGAACAUCAAGCUGGACGAAGACACCUUAGCCAGCGUUGAAAAAGUUUGGGAGCUUGCUGGUCAUUGCUGUGCACGUGAGCCUUACCAAAGACCUGACAUGUCUCACAUCGUUAACGUUCUUUCUUCGCUCACUGUCCAGUGGAAACCCACUGAGGUCGAUCCUGAUGACCUUUACGGUAUAGAUUAUGAUCUUCCGCUUCCGCAGGCGGUUAAGAAAUGGCAAGCUUCUGAAGGGCUUAGCCAAACGGGAGAUGACUCUGGUUCCUCGUCCUCUGUUUAUGGAAGCAAAGAUAAUACACAGACAAGUAUCCCAACACGCCCGUCUGGAUUUGCUGACUCGUUCACUUCUGUGGAUGGACGUUGAAGAAAAUAAAAGACUUACGUUUCUCAGUUUCGUUAAAAACGUUUUUAGUAGUAUAGAAGUAGUAGAUGAAGAAUCCUUGUGUGAAAAAAGUUCCUAUUUUCUUGUUCUUUGUUUUUGUCUGAAGCAUUUACUUGUGACAUCUAUUUUUCAUGAAAACUUUUGGUUUAAGUGUA